AGUUUUUAUUUUUAUUGUUAAAACCUUUUAUCCUGCGUUAAACUGUUGAGACUCACCACUGCAUAUCAGCAUGGCUGAAAUGAUGAUGAACAGAAAUGAAAUGGUGCCGGACGCCAAGUCCCAGGUCCGGAUGUGGGGUUGGGAUUCUGGCAUUCAGUCAGGGGCAACCACAGCCUCCCCAUCAAUAAGUGGGGCAAGCCACCACGAUGGGAACUUCCCCGAUACAAACCAAGUACUCGGGGAAUGGCAACGAGAGUUUACAAUGGAAGAAGCAAACCAAAUCCAUGAUCAGUUUGUGCGCACACGUGCCGAUCGUGUCCGCGACGUGCUGUUCCCUGAAACCAUGAUGGAGGAAAGUGGGCCCGUCCCAAGCACACAAUACGAGUCGAACACGGCAACAUCCGUGCAGAGAUUGGCAGAACCAUCGCAACAACUUAAGAAGGCAGUGGUAAACUUGAUCAAUUAUCAGGACGAUGCCGACCUCGCCACGAAAGCGAUCCCCGAGUUGACUGGUCUUCUCAAUGAUGACGACCAAGUGGUUGUUCAACAAGCAGCACAAAUGGUGCACAUGUUGUCCAAGAAAGUUGCGAGUAGACAAGCGAUAAUGAAUAGCCCGGCCAUGGUGUCGGCGCUCGUUAGAGCCAUGCAGAACGCCACCGACCCCGAGACCCAGCGUUAUUGUACCGGCGCCCUACACAACUUGUCGCAUCACAAACAAGGAUUGUUGUCAAUAUUCAAAUCCGGGGGAAUUCCUGCUCUUGUCAAAAUGCUCAGUUCCCCAGUUGAGUCGGUUGUGUUCUACGCGAUCACCAGCCUGCAUAAACUACUUUUGCACCAAGAGGGAGCUAAAGAGGCAGUGAGAUUGGCAGGGGGGUUGCAGAAAAUGGUGUAUCUAUUGUCGCGUGACAACGUAAAGUUUCUGGCAAUUGACACCGAUUGUUUACAAAUCCUAGCUUAUGGAAAUCAAGAGAGCAAGUUGAUCAUUCUUGCGAGCAACGGACCCCAGGAAUUGGUCCGCAUCAUGAGGACUUACGAUUAUGAGAAGUUAUUAUGGACGACUAGUCGCGUGAUCAAGGUGCUGUCGGUUUGUUCGAGUAACAAACCAGCCAUCGUAGAAGCAGGUGGAAUGCAAGCACUUGGCAUGCACCUUGGGUCACCCUCACAAAGGCUGUUACAAAACUGUUUGUGGAGUCUUCGAAACUUAUCUGAUGCUGGAACCAAACAAGAUCAUGUGGAGAACUUGCUACAGAUGCUUGUCCAGCUUCUAUCAUCGAAUGACAUCAACGUGGUUACAUGCGCUGCGGGGAUUCUAAGCAACCUUACUUGCAACAACAUGAGUAAUAAGACCAGAGUGUGUCAGGUUGGAGGAAUCGAAGCUUUGGUGCGCACUGUGUUGCAAGCUGGUGAUCGUGAGGAUAUCACGGAACCCACAGUGUGUGCGUUGCGUCAUCUUACUUCGCGUCACCCAGACGCUGAGAUGGCACAAAAUGCUGUUCGGUUGCAUUACGGCCUCCCAGUGUUGGUCAAACUGCUUCACCCACCUUCAAGAUGGCCGCUCAUUAAGGCUGUUGUUGGUUUGAUUAGAAACUUGGCUUUGUGCGCUGCCAACCACGCGGCACUUCGUGAGCAUGGCGCGAUACCACGGCUUGUGCAACUACUAAUGCGUGCCCACCAAGACACACAGCGUAGGACAAGCAUGGCGUCGAGUCAUAGCCAGAUGUCUGCUGCUUAUGUGGACGGAGUACGAAUGGAGGAAAUAGUGGAAGGAACAACUGGAACACUCCAUAUAUUGGCUCGUGAACCUCACAGUAGAUCGGUCAUCCGAGGACUUAACACAAUCCCUCUGUUUGUGCAACUUCUUUAUUCACAGGUUGAGAACAUCCAGCGGGUGGCAGCAGGCGUGUUGUGCGAAUUAGCGCAAGACAAGGAAAGUGCCGACCUCAUCGAGAACGAGGGGGCGAGCGCUCCAUUGACCGAGUUGUUGCAUUCCAAAAAUGAAGGAGUUGCCACGUACGCAGCUGCUGCAUUAUUCCGCAUGUCCGAGGAUAAAUCGCAAGAUUACAAGAAGAGAUUGUCUGUUGAGUUGACGAGCUCCUUGUUCAAGGAUGAUGGAGCUUUAUAUAAUGGUGCGGACCUAAUGGACCCCUGCAUGCAAGGUUACCAACACCAGAUGACCCCCCCGAUGUCUCAUCAAAGCUCCGUCAGUUCAGUUCAUAACUCGCACCAUUCUGGGUUCCCACAAGCAGAAGGCCAACAACCCAUGGACUUUCAACAACACCUCGUCCCGCCGGCAGAUUACCCGCUACCAGACCUUUCAAACGACUUGGACCUUGAACCAAUGAUUGGUGUUCAACAACCAUGGCUCGAUACUGACCUCUAAGAGAUUGGAUGAGGGAUGACGACUUUGUAAAGACUCUACAAUCAUGAACAUUAUUGAAACCCCGGAUAAUUUUUACUUGUACAGAACUUUUAUAAUUUGCUGAAUCAUCAUUGAAGGUUUUGCUGAAUCAUGUUGGAAGUGAAUUUCUUAAAAAGAAAUUUUGUUAAAAUUGUUUUCGGAAAAAUGUUAGUGAAUGAUUUAUGGUGCUUCCAUGGUGAUUAUGACAUCACAGCCAGUUCGUUUUAUAUUGUUUUUAUGACGUAGCCUUAAACCUGGUAACCAUAGCAACUCUGUAGCUUCGUGUGAAUAAAAUAAAAUGUACAGAAAAUA